CACUCUUGUUAUUCCUCAACGCUCAUCCCUUUGCUCGCGUCUUUCUUUCUUUCUUUCUUUCCUGCCUUCCUUCCUUCCUUCCUCGCUCGCCUCGUUCGUGAUCUGUCCCCGCGUCGUCUUUUCUUGCAAGCGCGCGCCUCGCUCGCUUUUUCUCCUCGCCCCGCCCGCCUUCCGGCUGCCGUUGCCACUGCUGCAGCCCGCCUGUCAAUCCCUACCAUAGCUCAAUUUGGUCGCCUUCGCUCGUAGAUGCAUGCGUCUCCUCCUGCUUCAUUCGUCCCGCCUCCUUGUGCCGUCGUCCCGUUCCCGAGGUGUCAUCCAAAAGUUGCCAUCCUAGGACUGGUCGCUCCGCACACACUCAGGCUGCAGGACGAGACUCGAGGCUUUCGGUCGUCGUACUCACACUCUCUCUCUCUCUCUCACUCACUCAACGCAAGUGUUGCAUGUGAGCCCGCGCGUACGGGUGCACCGAUGGAUACUCACUCUCGCUUUCGAUUGUGUUUUCUACGACACUGUCAUCCUUUAGCUGCUUAGGUUUCUUCGAUCGCCGUAGCUUAAUCGGCGCUUCAUGAACCGUGAGUCUCUCCCAGAGUGUCGGUAGCAAUUUUUGAGUGCACAGAUCUGGAGCGUUUUCGUCGCUAGUGCAAACUCCAUCUUUUAUGACUCUGUCCACACUCAUUCGAUAUAUUUUUCAAACGCUCGCCUUCUUACGAUCCAUGACACAAGUAAAUGAGGGCAAUCUUUCCUAGCUGUUUGCUCCCCUCCCCGGCCCAAGAAUAUCGCCCGAAAACAUCCACAACGAGCUGAGCUUCUUCAUGAGCGUUAAUUACCCCCGACGCUCCACACACCCUUCAUAGCGACUUGGAUGCAGCCGGCCGAAAGCCAUGAGUACGCUAGGAUGCUAGCAAUCAGCGCUCUCAAUUUUUGCCGACUCGCACCAAGAGGGAGUCUUUGGCAAUUGGCGGAUCAAAGAUGAGACUUUCCCAUGAAGCUCCGGACUCAUAGAAGCAACUGGGCCUUCGUGGAAGGUGUGAGUGAGAAUCUCCUGAAGGGAAAAUUCGGUGAAACACAGCUCUCAGUUAGCUGUCAUGCCAUCAAAUGCAGCGCCUUCUCCAUCCGGGCCGUUGUCACCGAGAGCAGAGGCAGCCCUCAGUCCCGAAGGACCGUUACUGAGGGAGAGCAAUGCGCAGCCUUUUUUUGUUUUGGAAGGGAGAACUCACCGAUCGGCCAUGACGGGAGGCAAGAACUCGCUCAUCGAGCUUGACACUCUAGGGUUGGGAUACGCACUUGGUCACCUCUUGUACUGUCCUAGUACAGAAGUCUUGCCUACCUGCUUGGAAACUCAGUCUGGUGUUAACCUCUCCGGAUCGUCCGAGGUUUCUCACAGCGAGAGCGGUUUCGAGAGACAGUCCACUUUGUUCCAUGAGGAAGCCUCUAAUCCUCAACAUCCGAUCAGUUUGCAAAACUUUCAACGGAGGUUAUCAUUAACUGCGAAUUUCUCUAGUGAUUAUAGGGAUCUGCACGGUGAGAGGAAAUCCGUGUUUGAGAUAUAUAGAACGGUGAAGGGACCCAGAAGAGGAAGGAAGAGAGACAAGUGCACUUUCGAGCAAAAGUUCAAACUUGCUUCUGAUUGGCAAAGCCCUGGAAUCGACAAGGCGGAGACUCACUUCCCCAGCCUAGUCGCUGAGAUGGACUCCGAGUGGGGCAGUGAAUUGACAAAAGAAGGUGAAACUCAGCCCGUAGCAAAGAAUCCAGUGGAAUUGCAGCCUAUAGAGGUAGCUUCUUGGUGGUGUGAAAAGAGAGCAAAGACCAACAAGCAUAUGGACUAUCAAUCAAAUUUUGGUUUGCACCAGGCGGAAUGGCCAAAUGGAGAAGGAAGCCUGAAACGACCUUUGGUGUGGAAGAACCUCCCGGAGAAGAAAGCGCUGUCCGCUGAGGGUGCUUCUGAGGCUUACAAACAAUCAACAACUCUCGGACUCGACGGAAGGGAUUCCCGAAAUUUGGAUCCAGCGUUGAACACUUUGGAAAUUGUUUCCCGAAAUAAGGACGGGCCAAACGAAGGCCAAGCCUUUGCUAGCAUCUGCAGUCGGGCUGUGGAAGCCAGUCCGAGUACUCACUUCCAAACCACUGAUCAUGAUAUCAACAACUCCAGUAUCGGUUCUCUAAGCUUGGGUACCGUCGACUGCCAAGAAGGAACCCAGGAUCUAAAUGGAUACUGGAAACAUCUACAAGAGAGGCGACACCUGAAUUCAGUGGAGCGAAUAGAGCGAUUACCCGAAUUUGAGAACUCACAAAGUAGUUGCGGUAAAGAGGCCAACAUCGACGGUAACACGUCUCAAUUACAGCAGCUGAUGGGCAUUCAAGAGGAAAACAGUUUACGCUGUCUUGACAUGGGUGCAGGAGAAGCUUCUGAUCGGACAAAUUGUGUUGAGGCACCGGGGAAGGAUGACAUCCGUAGAUUGAGUGCUGAUUAUGGAGAUGGGUUUGACGCUGGUGAAAGUUGGUCGCAAGGAGUUUGUGUCGGACCUGGAGACUGCUAUCUUCUAACAAGUGUGCAUAAGGCACAGCUUUUGGACCUGCAGCUGGAGGAAAAUCAACGAUACAGGCAACAACAAUCUAGUGAGCGAUCUAGAGAGAGUUUAUCUUUAGACAAUGAUGCCAGGCUAGACUGCGGACAGUCCAAUAAGAGAGAUGCCGAAGAAGAUGGGAGCAGUCCGGGCGGGUUUGGUGGUCUGGUGACCCAAAGGCAAAACUACUUUGCUGAUGAGUGUUCACUCGAAAUGCAGAGGACUUCAGGAGAACAACUGACUGCAAGAGAAGCGUACGAGAAGGCACUCAACGAACAACACGAUGAUAUGCCCGGGAAGCGUAUGUUUAAACGUUCUUCCAAAGGAGGUCCGCGAAGGCCCAACAUUAUCAAGGGCCAAUGGACUCCAGAAGAAGAUAGAUACUUGAUGGAAUUGGUUGAAAGACAUGGUCAUCAGCGGUGGUCACUUAUAGCCACCUAUUUGAAAGGCCGGAUUGGUAAACAAUGCCGAGAGCGAUGGCACAAUCAUCUUCGUCCGGAUAUCAAGAGAGAUGGUUGGAACACCGAAGAGGAGGAGGCGUUGGUAUCGGCGCACAACAAGCUCGGAAAUCGCUGGGCUGAUAUCGCGAAAAUGAUUCCUGGCCGUACGGAGAACGCGAUUAAGAAUCACUGGAAUGCCACGAUGAGAAGAAAAGAUCUGCGCCGAAAGCACCGAAAAGCAGUGGAUGGGUCGACGGACGGAUUAGAGGUGGUGCCUCGAUGUACCGUUCUCCGGGACUACCAGCAAAAGGUUAUACAGUUUACAGAACAGAAGGGAUCUUCGGCAACCCCAGAGAACGGCCGCGACCGUCUGAGAUCCUUAGAAGAGGCCCAUGCACGAACGCCGGAUCUAGAUUCUCCGCAAGUCACAUGUGAUUCCACAGCAGGAUGGAGCUAUGACCGAAGCGUUGGUAGUAACCAGUUGGAGGAUAAUUCGUAUCAGCAGCUCGAGACAAGAACGAACCCGGAUAUGAGUCCCGCGGAAGUAGAUCAGCUUCUGCAAAUGAUAUGGGCACAAGACCAAGGCGAAGAAGGAGUGCAGUUUGCCACAAGUCUUAAUCCUCAAGGGAAUUUGGUCCUACAAGCCAAUACGUUUGGUCCGUUCGGGGCCUUCCACGGUCCAUUCACUCUGCAAACUCGUGUAUCUGUGUGGGGUCAAGGCACCGGUAGUGGGAGCUAUAGCAGCCCUCAAGUUACGGUAUGGGGAGGAGGAUGGGGCGGAAGCAGUAUGUACGAUUCUGGCACAACACAGGCGACAGGAGGGGCUGCUGGCGCAGAAAUGUGGGAUGGCGUAACGUCUACCUUUCCACCUGCUGGAUAUGUGGCAUCUUCGUCGCCAUCUUCGAAACCUCUAAAACCUGACAGCCAACACGGGGAAAGCUGCCCUCCUGCAUUGACUCCCUGUGGUUGUUGCAACGAAGCUAAUUUCCACAGCAUUCCCCAGGAUCUACAGAGCUUAAACAUCACGAGAGCACACUUUGUAUCGUGUUCCGAGACUGGCAGAGAUGGGCAUAGUAUGCCGUACCCUCUGGAAGCAGAACAAUCAUCAACAUGUAAGGGGAGCAUAAUGGAAGCGCCUGCAGUUUUGGAAGCCAAUUCCAAAGCAACUGCGGGAGAAAGCAAUCCGCUGACAGCUCAACCAUUCCAGAUUGAGAAUCUAUUGCCAUCGCCUCUAAAUGAUGUGCCUGGUGCGCAUGCUUGUUUCCAGAGAUCAAGUUUAUCCCUCGACUACUCGCAGAACUUUGCAGGUGCUCAGUCUCAGUCUACUGCUUGUAUCUCUGAACUCCUUGCCCAUGAGAAAGUGCUCGAAAGCCUUGCAAAUUAUAAUCUUAGCGUGGCUGCAGAAAACACGAAGAUGAUCCACGGGCAUCAGUUACAACAACCUUCCUCUACAACCCUCCAAGAGGGAAUAUCUGUAGAGUUUAAUACCUGCCAAGCUCUACCUCUUGACGCGUUCAGUACCUCUGCAGCAGAGCUGAUAAACGUCCAGAGCGUGCCGCCAUAUCAGCCGGCGCCAAGUGGUGAUUAUGAUAAAUCUGAGUCAAGGAGCAAUGAUGCAACGCAUGUACUGAAUCACUCUGGGGCAGUUAUGGAUAUGUGCUUUCUUCACGAAAACAUCACAAGCCGGGGUAACUCCAACUCUAAUGCUGGACCACCGUUCAGCAUGGUAUCCCAGGAAGACUGGAUGAGAUCAAAUUUUGUCGAGCAUGCCGCGGGAGAACAAGCAAAGGGCGGCGUUGUGAGUCAAUAUGGGGAGGAUCUCGUUGAGUUCACACCCAUUCCAGUGGACCUUGGGUACUAUGUCAGAAAGUGUCUGAAGCCAAACUCAAAGACGUCUGUCGUCAAAUGAGGUGUCGGUGGCAGCUGGAAUCAAUCGCCUUGGUUCAGAGGGUGGGGUUUGUUGCGGCUGGGGAGACGAAUAUGGCAGUUGCGGUUUCUAGCUGCGACAGUUCGGAGUCCUUUAACGCGGUUCAGUAUGCUAUCCGUAGACUUAAAUCUGAAAGUAUCGUACCCAACCUUCACGUUAUGUAGCUGUCCAGGUAGCAUGGAACUGGGCCCGCAUAGGAGAUAGGUUGAAGUAUUCUUAGGACAUUCUACUCUCAGGACAAUUUUAAACGUAGGAAAGUAAGCCAAAGAGUAGAUUUUUGGCUCCUCGCUUUCAUGCUCUGGAUGUCUCUAUCCAAUCAUCCAUCAACAAACCAUUGGAUCCUCAGUCUACAUAAGCGAACAAUCUACAAGUACUGCUUGCAGGCAUGGAAAGCAUCAAAUGUUCUAAUUUAUGUACUCAGAACUUCCAUAAGAUUCAAUCUUACGUACCUCGGGCUGGUUGCUUGCGAACAUGUCCUGAAUCGUUGGAAGGAAAACGUGCUUGGAAAGCAGAUACUUUUGACAUAACUGUCGCUUCUGCUCCCUCUGAUUUAUCAACAGAUUCACGAUGCAGAUAGAGAGCUCACAUCACUAGUGUAGCACAAUGCACUGCGUU